AUGAGGUUUGGGUUGAAUUAUAAUAGCUUGAAUUGUAUAAAUUUUCAUGACAGGGAUGAAGUUCUGCAUCCUCAUUCUUAUAUUCAGUCAUUCUUGGAAACCAAAAAGGAGCUUAGUAAACGUACUUCUGAUGUCAAGGAAAGUCACUCUCAGGCUGUUGCAAAUGCCCCGCUUAUGCACAGAGAGAGGAGAAAAUAUCUUCGCACUGCACUAAAGGAACUGGCUCUUAUUCUGACUGACCAGCCAGGACUUCUUGGACCAAAGGCACUCUUCGUUUUUAUGGGUCUUAGCUUUGCUAGAGAUGAGGUUUUGUGGUUGUUGAGACAUCAUGAAAACCCACCUCUGCAAAAAGGUAAAGGUAAAUCAGCUGAUGAUUUAGUUGAUCGACAAUUACCGGAAUUAUUGUUUCACAUGGAAGAGAUUCGAGCUCUUGUUAAGAAAUACUCACAGGUUUUACAAAGAUACUAUAUUCAGUAUUUAUGUGGCUAUGAUGCUAUCGCCUUGAACCAGAUUAUUCAGUCUCUUCAGAACCUACCAGAGGAUGAGUCUAUCAUCUUGUCAUCCAUGUGCAAUGAAAUUGGCAAUCUAUCUGUGAAACAAGUAGAGGAAGGUUUGGCCUUUGACUUUCGUGGCAUCCGUCUUGACUGGUUCCGGCUUCAAGCAUACACUACAGCAAAUCGCACUGGAUUACGGCUCAGAGAGAAUCGAGAACUUGCUGCGUUGAUCAACCAAAUAGUAUUUCACACAAAAAUGGUUGACUACCUUGAUGAAAUGCUGAUUGAAACCUCUGAUCUGUCAAUAUUUUGUUUCUUCAGCAAACAGUUUGAGGACAAUUUCCAUAUGUGUCUAGAGUUCCCUGCCCAAAAUCGUUACAUCAUUUCAUUUCCACUGAUAUGCUCUCACAUGCAGGCUUGCACACAUGAAAUAUGCCCUGAAGAGCGUUACCACAUCAGAGAGAGAAGUUUAUCUGUUGUAAACUUAUUCCUUGAAGAGAUGGCCAAAGAAGCAAAGAACAUCAUCACAACAAUAUGUGAUGAACAGUGUAUUUUAUCAGAUAAGCUUUUACCGAAACACACAGUCCCCUUGUUAAUUCAUAAGAAGAAAGAGAAAAAGAAGAAGAAAGAAGACACAACGGAAGGCAGACCAGGUCAAGAGAGUUACAGAAAAACUAGGGAAGAACUCACAACGAUGGAUAAGCUCCACAUGGCUUUAACAGAACUGUGUUUUGCCAUCAAUUACUGCAGCCAGAUUCAAGUUUGGGAGUACACAUUUGCUCCUCGUGAAUAUCUGUACCAACAUCUAGAACAGAGGUUUGCACGUGCUUUAGUUGGGAUGGUUAUGCACAAUCCAGAUACGAAUGAAAUAGCAAAGCCAAGUGAGCUUUUAGCCAGCGUUAAGACAUACAUGAGUGUUCUUCAAACUGUUGAGAACUAUGUUCAUAUUGAUAUCACGAGAGUGUUCAACAAUGUCCUACUUCAGCAAACUCAGUUACAAGACAGUCAUGGCGAAAAGACAAUUACAGCCCAUUAUAACACAUGGUACUCAGAAGUUCUCCUUCGUCGGGUGAGCGCAGGACACAUUGUUUUCUCUCAGAAUCAGAGAGCAUUUGUAUCUCUAACUGCUGAAGGAGCUCAGCCAUUUGCUGCAGAAGAAUUCUCUGAUAUAAAUGAGCUGAGGGCUCUUGCAGAGUUAAUAGGUCCCUAUGGCAUGAAGGCCCUAAAUGAAAACUUGAUGUGGCAUAUUGCCAACCAGGUUCAGGAACUCAAGAAACUUGUUAUUUUAAAUAAAGAGGUCUUACUGUCUAUGAGAACAAACUUUGAUAAGCCAGACCAGAUGAAAGAACUAUUCAAAAAACUUCAGCAGGUGGAUAGCGUUUUAUCCCGAAUGCAGAUCAUAGGUGUAAUACUCUGCUUCCGUCAGUUAGCACAAGAGGCUCUCACAGAUGUCCUAGAAAACCGCAUUCCUUUCCUAAUGUCAUCCAUAGCAGACUUCAGGCACCAUGUUCCAAAUGGUGACACAAUGUUUAUUUACAGAUUCUCAGAUUAUCGCCCGAUCUUGAUUCCAGUACAGGUAUUUCAAACCCAUAAAAUGAAUCUGAUAAAUAAUAGGCUGUUCUUAAGUCAACAAGAAGGUAUUUGUAUGAACCUUUGUUGGCACUAUAAAUGCUGAACUACGUAUUGCCUUUAAAAUAACUGUCUCAAUGUUUGCUCAAUGCAUUUGUUUAAAAUUAAACCAUAUUAGCAAGAACUUGAUGUAAACAUUUCCAAUUUUAAAAACCAAACGACUAAAGUAACUUAACAAAGAGCCUAUUGCUGUCAAAUUGAAUGAAUUGAAAGGAUAAACCUAGUUAUGGAUGUAGGCUGAGAUGUAAUCUAUCAUCUUAUUAAAAUAUAGUACAGUGCUCUUACUCAGAAAAUGGUUGCAUUUGCAUCACAUUGAUAAAUUCUUGAAAGCUACUCAUUUACAAGAGGGCAACAAGGUGUGAUUUAUUAGAAUAUAUUAUUUUUUUUAUACCAGGGGAAUGUUUUUUAUUGGUCACACUAUGUAUUCUUGGUAUCUGUUAUCAUCAGAAAGCUUUUUUGAUCCACACAACGGGAAUAUGAUAAACUCUAGCAUUAUUGCUUCACAAUC